UCUCAUUUGAACGAGCCGAGUGCCUUCACCGCCACCACCAGCAGCAGCAGCAUCCCCUGCAUGUUCCCUCCUCAUCAAUAUGCGCUUCAGCUCCUGAAUGUAAGAGUCUCUCGCACAGUCAGAGACGGCAAAGAAAAGCGGAGCCAAUAUUCAUUCCAGGGAGGCGAUGUCAGCCCGUAUUUCACAUCUGACUCCAUCCACAGCGAGCUGCUGACUUUUCCGCGCCUCAGUCGACUUUCUCCUUUUCGGUUCAAUCAAUGGAUUUACUCUUGAUUUGAGGAGCGUCCGGAACCGUCUGUUGAUUGGGGGCUCUUCGCUGUUGUUGUUGUGGUUGUAAACAGCGAGAAAAAAAAACAUCUUAACAAAAAAAAAAAAACAGGAAAGGGGUGAUGUUUGCUUUGCAGAGGGUUCGUCAAUUUCGCGUCUUGUCGGCACUGGUUGUCGGUUCGAUUGUGUGUUGCGCAAAAAGCGUCAAUGAACCUGGCAACAUGUCUUUCGUGAAGGAGACGGUGGAUAAACUACUGAAGGGAUAUGACAUCCGACUGAGGCCGGACUUUGGAGGGGCCCCUGUUGCGGUGGGCAUGAGCAUAGACGUGGCCAGCAUAGACAUGGUGUCAGAAGUCAACAUGGACUACACACUGACCAUGUAUUUCCAACAGUACUGGAGGGACAAGCGUCUUGCCUACGUAGGAAUCCCCCUCAACUUGACCCUGGACAACAGAGUUGCCGACCAGCUCUGGGUCCCCGACACCUACUUCCUCAACGACAAGAAGUCAUUCGUCCACGGAGUCACAGUCAAAAACCGCAUGAUCCGACUGCAUCCAGAUGGAACGGUUCUCUACGGACUGAGGAUUACUACCACGGCAGCGUGCAUGAUGGAUCUCAGGAGGUAUCCCCUGGAUGAACAGAACUGCACUCUGGAGAUAGAGAGCUAUGGCUACACCACAGAUGACAUUGAGUUCUACUGGAAGGGAGGCGAGUCGGCUGUAACGGGGGUGACACGGAUCGAGCUGCCUCAGUUCUCCAUUGUCGAUUACAAGCUGGUGUCCAGGAACGUAGUGUUUUCCACAGGUGCCUACCCUCGACUGUCUCUGAGCUUCAGAUUGAAGAGGAACAUCGGCUACUUCAUCUUGCAGACGUACAUGCCAUCGAUCCUGAUUACCAUCCUCUCCUGGGUCUCCUUCUGGAUAAACUAUGACGCGUCGGCAGCCAGAGUGGCUUUAGGGAUCACCACGGUGCUAACUAUGACCACCAUCAACACCCACCUGCGAGAGACAUUGCCCAAAAUCCCAUAUGUCAAGGCUAUUGACAUGUAUCUCAUGGGCUGCUUCGUCAUGGUCUUCCUGGCCCUGCUGGAAUAUGCCUUUGUCAACUACAUCUUCUUUGGAAGGGGCCCUCAGAUGCAAAAGAAGCUGGCAGAGAAGGCGGAGAAGGCCAACAAUGAGAGGGCAGCCAAGUAUGACGCUGCAAGGGAGGCAGGUAGUAGGACCGCAUCCCUAAAGCGGUCCAAUCAGGUUAGAGGUCUUCGCCACUCCCGCUCGGCGGAACCGCACGGCCACGGGAACAUCCUGCUGACCACCCUGGAGAUCCAUAAUGAAGUGGCGGGAGGCGAGAUCACCACCAGCGUGGCGGACAUUAGGAACUCUCAGUCCAUGGUUCAGUUGGACAGCACGGCCUCACAGCACAUCCAGUACCGCAAGCAGAGCGGCGGGAUCGGGCCGCGAUCCGUCAGCCGCCACUCCCUGGACCGUUCUGCCCAGAUGAAACGCAGCCGCCUGCGGAGGCGGUCCUCGCAGCUCAAAAUCAAAAUCCCUGACCUGACGGAUGUGAACGCCAUUGACCGCUGGUCACGGAUCAUCUUCCCCUCCGUUUUCUCACUGUUCAACCUCAUCUACUGGCUCUACUAUGUCUGAUUGGACUGUUUUGUUGUUGUUUGUUUGACUGUUUUUUUUUUCAUCUCACUUGUUUUUCUUCCUUUUUUCUGUUGCUUUUAUACAUGAUGGAAUCUGUCCAGGUGAAGACUGCAACAAUACGAGACAAAAGAGAAACACAUAGACUGAGAAAAGACUUCUGAGUUUUGGACCAAGUUCUCAUCAAAAUAGUUUUUGUAUUUGCAGUCUUUGAAUCCUUAGUACCUAGCUCUUUUUAUUUUUGAGAGUAUGUACUGUAAUUGGGACUUGUGUCGGUCAUUUCCCAACGUUUGCCCUCUCAGUAAUAUGUAAAUAGCGAGAUACAAAGCCAGCAAUUGAAUAAAUGAUACAGUGUUUGCAAAAAAAAAAAAAAAAGGAAACAUAAUAGCAGUUAACACAAAGAUUUUUGUAAUCAAAUAAUAAUAAUAAUAAUAAUAAAGAAAACUUUAUACUACACAGAUGAUCAGAUAAGUGCAGGCAAUUCCUAAAAAUCCAUUCAACUCUGGUACCCUAUGCACUAUUAAUGCAUGUAAUGAUCAGCUGUAGUGGACAAAUAAUGACUACUUUUUGCCUUGGUUUACGGCACAACUUUGCAGACUGAUGUGUAUUUGUUUAUAGCGUUGAUAAUAUACUUGCUACUGAUACAGAAAAUGAUGCAUCAAUCUGGUAAACCUUUACCCAUACACAAGAAUUUAACGCCGAGGAUUCUGUCCUCCAUUCAGGAUGAUUGUGACUCAGGUUCUGAAUUUUUUUUCGGCAUCUUUUUCUUAACAAAGUAAAAGUGUCACUGAAAUAUCAGUUCUGCUCAUUUGAUAUCGGAGAAGAGAAAAAAAAUAUAUAAAAUAAGCACAACUAUAAACAAAGCUGCCAUUUUUUCACUUCUUCCUUCAAGCAACAACGCUUCAAGUGAUAGCAUGACAGAAUUGCACUCAAAUUUAACAAACCUCCUCGAAAAAAACUCUUUACUUUCAUUUAGAACAACUGCCAAGGGCCUUUUGGGCGACACAGUUACUACUUAACCCAUGAAAUAUUCUGAUAUUUUUGUACUCAGUGUCUUCAGGUAUUCAUUUGAUUUCCUAUCCUGUUCUUUUUUUUUUUUUCUUUUGUUCAACACCAACUCCGUUGUGGUGAUAGAAUGGAGAAAUGAAACCCAUUGUUUUGUACAUAAGUACAUAGGUGUGUAUAUACAUAAAUGUAUAUAUAUAUAUACUGUGUGUACAACCCAAAAAUGAUCAUUUUGUGAUUGUCAUGCUGGCUAUAAACUGUCAGAUUACUUAGUGGAAAAAAUACAAAAACAAGACAAGGAUUAAACCAACAGGUAAAGCAUCCGUUUAGUUUUUGAGCAUUUGUGGGGCACUCUGAAUACAUUCCUUCGCAAACAGCCGACCAUGUCCACUCUGAGCACUGCAUGUGUGUUCAGCUCUGCAUUUUAACAGCGCCGCCGUACAGAGGCAAAGUGAUGCAAAUGGAUUUCAUAGAUUCCUGCAGAUGGACCGCGAUAAACCCGUCUGUCGAGUAAUUAUAAGCACACACUAGCAUUGAAUGUAUCAGAUCCAUUCUUCAGGGAGAGGAUAAUGAGCCAUGGUCAUCAUCAUUUCUCCAUCAGAAUGUAACGCACUCAUUCCUACGCCAAACAGAAACACACAGAGAGAGACGGGAUGGCGUUUUACCAGUGUGUGCAUGUGCAUGUGUGUGAUGGGAAAUGGAUAAAGAAGCCUUCGAGAGAGGAAGGAAAGGCAUCGCUAGACCAUUUAUUUUCUGUGCUGCUCGCUACACUACGGACACAUGUCAACAUAUAAUAGUUUUGUGGAUAAAAAUAGCUCUCCCCCUCUGACUUUUCUGACAAACUGUGUGCCGCUCCACCGAAGGUCGCAGACAACUAGUUCCAACUCGAUGAUGUACAUUUGAAGCAUUCUUGUUCAACCGUGGACACGCAGUCCACUAUCUGUGCAUGUACAAGAACACAUGUAGAGAAAAUGAUUUGCUACUUGAUAGGUCAGAGUCGUGAUUGACGGUAACUUGUAAAGAUGUGCAGUGACUAAGAACUGAAUGUAUUGUACUUGGAUUGUUGCUGCACAAAUUGAUUUCUGGAAACAGGAUUUAACUCUACCCUGAUUUAUAUAGGGCUUGAUUCCACGUUCAGUCACCCCAAGGCCAGGACAAGGGUCCAAGACAGAAGAAAGCUACAGAUGAAACAAUACCUUUAAAUAUAAAGUCAAGACAUUUUGCUGACAGUGUGUCCAGAUGUGAAGGUCAUUAUUGACCACCCAACAGAUGUGUGUUCUCCCUCUUACAGCCCAUAGUUAUUAAAUAGAUGCUAAAUCUCUGAGAUCUGCAAAACUUUUAGCUUGUCGAAUCACACUGGCCUGCAAAAGAUCUUUCCAAUCACUUUGUAUGCAAUCACACUGCCUCUCCAAUGCCCUUCCGUCUGAACACACAAUCAGAAGAUGUUUUGACUUUGGUCUUGGGCACAAAGCAAUGUUUAUUGAUCUCGUGCAAUGAAGUCAUGAAACCAGUCCGUCCAAAGAUGUUUGUGUAGUUCAGAGGACAAUAUGAAAUGUUGAUGAAGCUUCAGUGUGGUGUAAAUAAGGCUGAACUUUGAAACUAAAUAUAUAUAUAUAUAUAUAUAUAUAUAUAUUUAUAUAUAUAUAUAAUAACUGUUUUACAGUGCAAGUCAAAGAAAAAAAAUCUUCCUGGCUUACCGAUUUCCACUUAUGGGUCAUGUGGUGAGAUUUAAAAACAGUUGAUUAUUGUAUGAGUGAGUUUUUUUCCAGCUACCAAACUACAAAGCAUGGUUGAAAAGUGGAAGAGACGGCAACUGUUAUAAACUCUAGAUACUUGUUUAUCAUGCAUGCAACUACAAUUCAUAAUUUGGGAGGAUUUUUUGUUUUUUGUUUAAUAAAGAUGUUUUGAAAACUCAUUUAUGAGAGCAGCCAACUGCUCAUUUUAGAGAUGAAACUAUGCCAUGUGAGCCUACGUUAAAAAGACUAAAAGAAAAAAAAAGUCAUCAAAGACUUCAGGUGUUGUAUGGCCUUGGUCCCAUAAUGGAAUGUGAAAUGUUCUGUGCUGCCACAAAAUGUAUUUAGGCUUAGAUUUAUACUGUAUAUCUGUAUGUUUCUCUUCCUUUUUCAAUAGAUUACCAUGUUAAACCAUCGAAUAAAUGAUAUACAUUGUA